AUGCAGGCAUUCGAGUCGGCAUGGGCAGAGGCUUGUCAAGUUGAAGGAUCAACCAUUGAGGUUCCAUCGGGCUAUGUUUUCCUUCUUCAACCCAUCUCCUUUUCUGGUCCAGACUGCGCAUCCAACCUCAUAUUUCAGCUGGACGGUGAAAUCAAAGCAAUAGUCAGUUCAGAAUUAUGGAGUAGCACAAGGCUUUUACAGUGGAUAGAGUUCACAAAACUCCAGGGGAUCACAAUCACAGGAACAGGGAUCAUUGAAGGACAAGGUUCGGCUUGGUGGUACGACUCACCAGAAUAUAAUCCAGGAGCAGAGCUAGCUAGUGAGCUACACAGCAGCACCAAACCAACAGUAAGUAAAAUCAUCCUGCCGAUAUUUCUUCUUGGUUCAAGUAUGGGGAGAUCAUUGACAGAGAGAGGUCAUGGAUUUGCCGUACCUAUGCAGGCAGUCAGGUUUUAUGGGAGCACUGGCGUCACAGUUUCUGGCAUAACCAUUCAAAACAGCCCUCAAACCCACCUCAAGUUUGAUGACUGCACCAAUGUUGAGGUCUCUGGGUUUACAGCAUCGUCUCCGGGUAACAGCCCGAAUACUGAUGGCAUACACUUGCAGAACUCCAGAAAUGUCAACAUCUACAGCACUGAUCUUCAGUGCGGGGAUGAUUGUAUCUCGAUACAAACAGGAUGCUCUAACGUAAAUAUACACAAUGUGAGGUGUGGACCUGGGCAUGGAAUCAGCAUAGGAGGACUGGGAAAAGACGGCAGCAAAGCCUGUGUUUCAAACAUCACUGUGAGAGAUGUGGAGAUUCAGAAUACACUAACCGGAGUGAGAAUAAAGACAUGGCAGGGAGGCUCAGGCUCGGUCCAGGGAAUCAUGUUCUCCAACAUUCAAGUUUCUGGAGUAGAAACCCCCAUAGUCAUCGACCAAUUCUACUGUGACAAAGAGCACUGUAGAAAUGACUCGUCGGCAGUCUCUGUAUCUGCAAUAAACUAUGUGAACAUAAAAGGCACGUACACAGUAAAACCUGUGCACUUUGCCUGUAGUGACAGCAUGCCUUGCAGUGGGGUAUCCCUGAGUAAUAUAGAGCUCACUUCAAGGAAAGAAACUGAACAGCCUUACUGCUUGAAUGCAUAUGGGGAACUUGAAACAAUCACUGUUCCUCCAGUUACAUGCCUGAGAAAAGGCAAAGUGAAACCUCCGGUUUACGGUUGCUUGGCUUAGCCUGGUGUUGCAAGGUGGCAACAUGUAUUGUAUGAUACAUAAUACGUAUGUACCAAUGAAGUAGGCAAUGUUAGCCAGAA